ACGGAAGGGGUACAGUGCGCAGACGCGUCAACGGCUAUUUUGCUGCGCGCGCGCUGUCUGAUCUGCUUUUCAAGGUCUGGCUGCUGAGCGCUCAAACCCUGGCUAGGUCCGCCCGGCAGUGCGGUGGCUACCCUCCUGGGCAGGGUCGUCUGUGACCCGUGGUCCGUUUCUCCGUCAUCACCGGCAAUAAAUCUCUCGAAACCGACUGGCCCGCUUCCGGAGAGGGGGUAUUCAGGACUCCUUCAUCUUUCUUCCAGUGGACGGCGAGCCCGGCAUCUUCGGCGUCCGUGAUUGGCAGUUCUUCCAGGUGCUUGCCACAUUGAAAAAUGGCUACUGGACAGGACCGGGUAGUUGCUCUAGUGGACAUGGACUGUUUUUUUGUUCAAGUGGAACAGCGGCAAAAUCCUCAUUUGAAGAAUAAACCUUGUGCAGUUGUACAGUACAAAUCAUGGAAGGGUGGUGGAAUAAUUUCAGUGAGUUAUGAAGCUCGUGCAUUUGGGGUCGCUAGGAGCAUGUGGGCAGAUGAUGCUAAGAAGUUAUGUCCAGAUCUUCUACUGGCACAAGUUCAUGAGUCUCAUGGGAAAGCUAACCUUACCAAGUACCGGGAAGCCAGUGUGGAAGUGAUGGGGGUAAUGUCUCGUUUUGCUGGGAUUGAACGUGGCAGCAUCGAUGAGGCUUAUGUAGACCUGACCAGUGCUGUACAUGAGAGACUACAAAAGCUACAAGGUCAACCUAUCUCGGCCGACUUGUUGCCAACCACCUACAUUGAAGGGUUGCCCCAAGGCCCUACAACAGCAGAAGGGACUGAUCAGAAAGAGGAGAUGCGAAAACAAGGCUUAUUUCAAUGGCUUGAUUCUCUUCAGACUGGUAACACCACCUCUCCGGACCUGCAGCUCACUGUUGGAGCAGUGAUUGUGGAGGAAAUGAGAGCAGCCAUAGAGAGGGAGACGGGCUUUCAGUGUUCAGCUGGAAUUUCACACAAUAAGGUCCUGGCAAAACUGGCCUGUGGACUUAACAAGCCCAACCGCCAGACCCUGGUCUCACAUGGGUCAGUCCCACAGCUCUUCAGUCAAAUGCCUAUCUACAAAAUCCGUAAUCUUGGAGGAAAGCUAGGGGCCUCUGUCAUUGAAAUCCUGGGGGUGGAAUACAUGGGUGAACUGACCCAGUUCACUGAAUCCCAGCUCCAGAGUCAUUUUGGGGAGAAGAAUGGAUCUUGGCUAUAUGCCAUGUGUCGUGGGAUUGAACAUGAUCCAGUUAGACCCAGAAAAAUACCUAAAACCAUUGGCUGCAGCAAGAACUUCCCAGGAAAGACAGCUCUGGCUACUCGGGAACAGGUACAGUGGUGGCUUUUGCAAUUAGCCCAGGAACUAGAGGAGAGACUAACCAAGGACCGAAAUGAUAAUGACAGGGUGGCCACACAGUUGGCUGUGAGCAUUCGUGUACAAGGAGACAGACGUCUCAGCAGCCUACGCCGCUGCUGUGCCCUUACCCACUACGAUGCUCACAAGAUGAGCCGUGACGCAUUUGCUGUCAUCAGGAACUGUAACACUUCAGGAAUCCAAACUUGCUGGUCUCCUCCCCUCACAAUGCUUUUCCUCUGUGCUACCAAAUUCUCUGCCUCUGCCCCUUCAUCUUGCACAGACAUCACCACCUUCUUGAGCAGUGACCCAAGUUCUCUGCCAAAGGUGCCAGCUACCAGUUCAGAAGCUAAGACCCAGGAAUGUGGCCUGGCAGGGACAGCCACUAAGAAAGCAGCCACUUCUCUGGAAUCAUUCUUCCAAAAAGCUGCAGAAAAGCAGAAAGUCAAAGAAGCUUCAGUGUCAUCUCUUACUGCCACUACCCAGGCCCCCACGAGCAAUUCACCAUCCAAGCCCUCGUUACCUUUCCAAACCAGUCAUGCUACAGGAACCGAGGCCUUCUUUAAGCAGAAGAGUCUACUUCUAAAGCAGAAACAGCUUAAUAAUCCUUCAGUUGUCUUCCCUCCACAAAAUCCCCAGUCCAGCCCUAAAAAGUUAACAAACUCUUUUCCAACAGAAUAUCCAGAUUGCACCCCCAUCUGUCAAGCAGUAUUGAAGGUGGGAUCCUCUAAAACAACUCCUGCAGGGAUGGAUUUGGCCCAGAAUAGCCCAAGCAGUCUUGCUUCUGUAACUUCCAAGUCUGCUCCGGAGGUGGCUCAGAAGUCAACUACUACCCCAAGUCCUGUGGCAGCUGAGGACCAAGUGCCCUGUGAGAAGUGUGGCUCUCUGGUGCCUGUAUGGGAAAUGCCAGAACAUACGGACUAUCAUUUUGCAUUGGAGUUACAGAAAUCCUUUAUGCAGUCCCACUCCUCAAACUCACAGGUGGUUCCUGCCAGUUCUCCUCAGGGCAAAAGAAAUCCCAAGAGCCCUUCAGCCUCCAGUAAUAAACGCCCUAGGCCUGAGGGCAUGCAGACAUUGGAAUCAUUUUUCAAGCCGUUAACACACUAGUGCUGCCCUCAGGCUUGCUGCAGGGUUUUAAUAUUUUACCUGUAAACUAGGAGAUGGAAACGUGUUUACUUCUCAAGGAAAUCUGUAACUUUUAUACAAGAAAAAUAAUCCAGUUAGAUGCUGAGUUAAGACCCCCAUCUCUUCACAGGCAUGGAUUCUAAUUCCAUUGUUGACAGAGAUGUAAAAACUGACUUAUCUUGCAGAGAUACAACUGCUCGGAGUUUUUAAUCAUUAAAGUUUAGGGACGCAGUGUCGGUAAAAAUGUGUGGGCCUUGAAGCCCACCAGAGGCACUUUCUUUUUCAUCUGUAAAACUGAUAUACCUUACUGAUGAUUGGAAAUCAAAGACAAGGUACUUAAAGUCUGUAGCUUAAAGAUUGGAACAGAAAAGUAAUGGAGAAAAAACGUUUUAAAAAGAUUUUUCCUCAAGCUCUGUGACAGGGGCAGUUUAGAUAACGCUUUGACCAAAUGUGAGGUUUGAGAACGUGAGGUAAAGGCCUGAAACCCUAAAGUGGUAACUAGUUUAGGGCAGGGCUCUAUACACAGAAGCUACUCAAUAAAUACUGAAUUUCAUACAAGUAAACCCUAUUAUGACCACAAUUUUAGCCACUGGCCCUUCUGCCUCUUGUGUUUGGUCUAAUGUAGAAUGAGAGUGUUCGUGGACUAGUUCAGGAACUCUGUUUAGAUCGGGUAAGUCAUGAUCAGAACUAGAUCCUCUCUGGGAUCUUGCUAGUUAGGGCACCUAGGUGGCUCAGCUGGUGACUCUUGAUCUCAGGGUUGUGAGUUCGAGCCCAUGUUGGGUGUAGAGAUUACUUAAAACUAAAAUCUUAAAAAAAAAAUCUUGCUGGUCUGAGUGUGAUUUUGAGGAGCAGGAGCAUCAGCAUUAUCAGGGAACUUCUAAGAAAUUGUCUCAGCCUCACCUUCACCCGUACUGACCCAGAAUCUGUAUAUUAAAGAUUCUCCAGGGUGUUUGAGGACUACUGAUCUAGAAGAUGCCAAUGGCAAGCCAGGUUUGUAGAGGGCCAUGACAUUUCCUUAAACCCUAAAGUACAAAUGUGAGGUAGUGCUUGGCUUUCAGGGUCACUGGCAUGUUCAUCUCUUUCCUUUUGAUGUUUGAAUAUUUAGCUUAGGGCUUAUCGUAGCUUUCUGCACUUGUCCAUGCUGAUAGUUCCAUCUUCUUUUCUUUUUCUUGGCUUUAGAGAGUGCGCGAGCAGGGUAGAGGUGGGGGGAUAGAGGGAGAGAGAAUAUCUUAAGCAGGCUUUAUGCUCAGCACGGAGCCUGUCGCAGGACUCAAUCCCACGACCCUGGUAUCAUGACCUGAGUCGAAAUCAAGAGUCAGACGCUCAGCCAACUGAGCCACCCAGGUGCCCUUACAGUACUGUAUUCUUAAUCUCUGUUCUUAUAUGUGGGAAGUCAGCUUUUUUGAUAUAGGAAACCUUGAGUCACACAGAGAACCCAACCGAAGAUGAGCUGAAUUAGGUGGUGUGUUGGGGGAAGUGGGUAGGAAGAAUGGUGUACACAUCCCAUCUCUCAUAUGUACACAAAAAUCAACUGCUUUUAAAGCAGUUUAUAAAUUAGGGGUCUGUGUUUAGUUUGAAGGAAGUGGGGAGCAUUUGAAAACCCUGAGUCUAGCAGGAAACUCUCUUCAAAACUAUCUUCCUCUUUUGAGGUAGUUGAAUGCUGUGUACCAUGGCCCUUUCCCUGCUAGAUUUAUAGUUUCCUGAAGGCAAGAAUUCUUGCACGUAAUAGGUACUUGAUAUUCAUUGGAUGAAACAUAUGAAGUAAGCAAUUUUAGAUGAUUACCAGAACUGGAACAGUAAAAAUGUACAUACGGCUGAUGGGGGUGAGGGGCUGUGUUACACAUCUUUUUAUCCUCCUAAACAUUUCAUUGAUGUAGCAAGGUAUAGCUCAGUGGUUCCUGAAGAUAUCUCAUUAAAUACUGAGAUCAUUUUCUAAAAUUUCCUUUCUUAAUCCAGUGAAAUUUGUUUUGUUUUGUUUUUUAAAGCCUAAAGAAGCAAUACUCUCCUUUGGGUACUGUACAGAUCAAGUGAAACAAAUUUUUAACACUUUGCUUGAUUGGAAAGAGAAAUUGUGAGUAGAAACUUUAGUUUCACUGGACUUAUAAGAGGCCAAGAUGGGUGGGAGUAGUGAGUAACCAGUAACAACAAUACAAGCAGCACACCUAUUUUCUUGGAAAUGCCAACCCUGCCCCAGCAUAGUGGCAAUAAGCCCAUGGAGGUACAAGCAGACGGACAUGCAAAGGUCAGUGUUGGUUGAAAGCUAUAGUACCUUUUUGCUGAACAUAAGCUUUUCUCAUAGCCGUUUAUCAGCAACUGUACAGACGGAAACGAACCGCUCUUAGUCCCCGACACAGGAGGAAGUUCUUCAACCACAGGCUACUUAUAGUAGCCAGUCAAGCCAGUGGUAUUUUUAAAAGCAGCAGAGCUUGAAUAGUUAAGGAAGCUUUUACUUUAAUACCCUGGAGACAGAAGGCCUCGCUGGACAUUGGGCCACAUUUAUCAUUAAAUUUCUUUUGCAAGGAUCACUGCUCAAAACGCAGUCCCAUAAAACAUGACCGUCAGGUACUCUGAACACAGAAACACGAAGAAACGACUAAGGUGUGGCCAGGUGGUUCCAAGAAGCCAAUUUAGGCUAUGUAAACCUCACUUCGAGCUUUUUUGCAUUGCUAGGGAGAGCGUGAGGGCCAGAUUAACGUGACUCUUAAAUUCCACUCUUCAUUAAGUAGCUCACACACUAAUCUCCACAUCUCUGACAUGGCACAGAAGUGGGCUCCUCAUCACUGUGACCAUAGCAAGUGGCCAACUCCUCAAGUGCGGGCUGGUUACCUGUCUCAGCUGAAAAGGCAGCGGUUUCACUUUCUAUUCUGCUUGCUCAAGAGCAAUGCAAAUAAGCCAGAAUACCCAGGUCACAAUACUGGAACGCUGAUCGCAUGGGAGGGACAGGAAAGGGAGAAUGGUAAAUGAUACCAGAUGGGCUCUUUUCUCCAUCCAGGGCUCAGUAGUGCUAGGGUUUCACUUGUCUCUAAUCCUAAAGAGGAAUCUAGCUCUGGAAGCUGAGCCCGUAUCUUAAGCAUAAGCACAGUGUAUUCAAUAAAACAUUUUUAUUCUGUACAAUA